AUAAAACACCUAAUAUUUUGCAGGACAGUGGGAGUUUUCUAACGAUGCCUGUGAUGACGAGGUUUAGACUAGUAAUAAAAUAGUAAAAUAUACACCAUAAUGUUUGUUCUUGGGAGAAACAUGUUUUGGCCUGUAGUGUCUCGCCUCAAGGCUCUUCUGCAUUGACUUCACAGACUCAGAGGUAAGUACGCUUCUUUUAAGUAGUGUAUGACGUAAACAAUGACUAUGGCUUCCAAAAAAUGAAAAAAAAAGAGAAAAAGAAAAAAAACAGGAAAAGGAGACCACUGUGGCAGGAAAUGCACUUUGAUUGUAAAUCUGUCUUAACCAAUCAGAUACAAGAUGCAUUUGAACCUAUCAGGUUCAUUUCACCUCCUUCACUCACAAAAUAAGCAACAAGUUUCCUCACCAGGGACAAAGUGAAGAUGAUGGUGUUGUGGGUGACACUGCUUCUCCUUCAUCAGGGACGUAAGUGAUAUUUAAUAACUGUUUUCUAAUGUAUCUGUAUCUGCAUGUAGUCUAUAUGUGUGGUGCCUCAUGUGAACAUUGUAAGGGUUUUUAACAUCUUUACUGCACUGAUUAUUUGCUGUUUGUCUUGUGUAUCUAGACACGCUGACUCCAGUUACCACAGUUCAUCUUGGUGAACCUGCAACCUUGACAUGUGUUACUCCUGAUGAAGAUUUGAGAAGGGGAAAGCUCCACUGGUACAAACAGAGUGCCGGGGAGACUCUGAGAUUGGUUGUGUCAAUGUGGAAUUCAAAACCUGAGUAUGCACCAGAGUUUCCUGCAUCGAGGUUCGUGCUAAAUCAUGAUAAGAAGUCAAAUAACCUGACCAUCCUGAAGACGACUGAAGAAGACGAGGGGAUGUAUCACUGUGCACUCACAGAGUGGUUGAACUCUGAAUGGAGCGGGACUUAUUUGUUGGUUAAAGAAAAGACGUCAAACUACACUGUUGUUCAGCCGCCAGCGUCUGAUCCGGUCGGAGCCCCGAUGACUCUGCAGUGUUCAGUCCUCUCUGAGACAAAGACGUGUCCCGGAGAUCACAGCGUGUUCUGGUUCAGAGCUGGGACUAAACAAUCUCAUCCAAACAUCAUCUACACUGACGGAAGAACAAGCAAUGAAUGUGAGAAGAAAUCUGACACUCAGAGGAAAUGUGUUUUCUCUAAGAACGUCAGCUCCUCUGAUGCCGGGACUUACUACUGCGCUGUGGCCACAUGCGGACAGAUAUUCAUUGGAAACGGAGCUACAGUGGAAAUUGUGCAAACUACACAUGCAGUAUUUAUUGCAGUGGGGGUGUUAACAUUCUGCUUGGUCAUUUCUGUUGUUGGAAAUAUCGUCUUCAUCUGCAGCCGAAGAGUGUGUGAGAAAUGUAAAGGUGAGUGA